AUUGAGACUAAAUCAGGAUGUUGUCCACUGCAGCUCUUAUUCUCAUCCUCACCAGUAAAGUUGUCCUAGGACAGGAUGACAGAGAGUCUCUUGAUGGACAGAUAUAUCCAUUAGAUAUGGCAGAGAAUUCAGUUGAUGACUGGUAUCAUGGUUGUGAAUCGAACAUGUCAGCUCUAGUAAAAGGAGACUAUCUAAUAAAAGAAAUCUGUGCUAACAUAAAUUUUGGGAAAGCUUGGAUGCUUGGGAUAGAAAAAGUCCCUAGACCAGAUAAACUGAAUAUGUUCCAUUUUAUUGCAAUUAGUGUGUACACUAGUGAUUUGGUAUAUAAAGAUUUCAAUAAUAAUGUUAGGACUGAUAGACAAAAAUACAUAGACAAGAAAUAUACAUGGUAUUCACUUCACUUUUUUUUGACUGAAGCAAUAAAGACUCUGCGGAAAAAUCAAGGAAACUGCAAGGAAACCUAUCGUGCUACCAGUGUUAAGUUUAUUGACACUGUUAAGGACAAAGAGAUUCGUUUUGGUUCAUUUGCAUCCUCCUCUCUUAAACGUGAAAAAACUGUGAAAUUUGGAAAUGAAUCUUGUUUUAAAAUCAAAACUUGUGAAGGUGCUGAUGUGUCAAAAUACUCUGACUAUCCUGAAGAGGAAGAGGUGCUAAUUCCCCCAUAUGAGAAGUUUAAAGUCACUGCUAUAAAGAAGAAUGACUGGUGUAAGACUGUGUUUGUGUUGGAGAGCACUGGUGUAAAAAGUAACUUAAACUGUGCAGCGGCAUCAGUCAAGCUCAAGAAAUAUCACAAUGUCAUUAUCUCUGACUGAUCAGCAUUUACAUAUUUUCAUUUCUCUUUAUAUUAAGCAUGGCUUUCAUAACAAAUUGCAGCUUUAAGUAGGCUACCUAAGAGAUAAUUGUUCAGAAUUAAAUGCAAUCUCACAUGCUCACAUGAGGUAAAAUUUUAUUCAAAAAUGCGUUCCUCUAAUAAUUUUAUCUAAACAUAUUGUUAAAAUCAUUAUUGAACAUUAAAAUCAAUCACGUGGCUAUAGCUUAUGUCAUUUUCGUUGUUUAUAUACUUUAUGGAUUUAAAAUUACAUUAAUUUUAUAUGAUAAUGUAGUUGUUGUGCAAAAUGCAUUAAUGACACAAUUAAACAAGCCAUUAAGACUUAAAUAAAACAUGCCGUUUUGGACGUAAAUGAUGCAAAUGUGUCAUUAUUCCGAUUGAAUAGUAUUUGAUAUUAAAGUUAGUCAUCACUCUUAUUUUGGAGGUUUUUGCAUGAAAGCAGGGGUUUUCAGAUUGUUAGAAAUGUAAGUGCCAUGGAAAAGACUGAAAGCUCUAUAAUAUUUCGUUUGAUGUCUGUGUAUGCACAAAUUUCUGUGAGCUGUUGACACUGUGCCCCCUUAAAAAAAAUUGGUGCAUGACGCCCCUGAGCAUGACUAUAUAA